UCAAACAAAAGAGGCUGUCUCUCCGGAAAUGAAAAAUGUGACAAAUACAUCACGGUAGGAGCCAAAAUAAGGUUGACAUCGCUUGGAAGUCGAUGCGCUUUAAAUCAGAUGUAAGAACUGAAAAGAGAGGGCCUUUGGAACAGAAGGUGGCUCCAAGUUUUUAGUUGCUUGGUAACAGAGCCCUAAAAUACACACAUGCAGUAAAACCGUUAGGACAUAAAAAAGGUCACAAACGAAGCUUAUAUACUCGCAGAGCGCUCUUGCACAUGGAGCUUCAGGAGGGCUGUCAACGCAGUAUUACAAUUACUGUGCAAAAGAAGAGGCUUAUUCAACUAUUAGACCUAAUCACAUAUAUCAUACACAUAUUUUUCGUUCAACAAUUAUUCAACGUCAACGUAUGUAUUUGUUCAGGUGAAGCCCAGAACACACUUAACCCAAAGCUUUAAACAAUUUAAGUCUUACAACUUUGCAGGUGAAAGUAGUAAAAGAGUUAAGUGCAGAUAUUACCCAUUUAACAUUUACGCAUUUGCUAAAGUUACAGCACAUACUUUUGUUCAUACAGCAGCUAAGUAAAAUAGCCAAAACAAACACAUAAUGAGAGAUAGCAAACCUAGAAUGGAGCAGAAACAGUGAAGAAACCUUACUAAGUGAUGGUGACUUAUGUAAAUACACAUGUUCUCGUCUUUAUAUGAACAUGGUGAUUUGCCACGUAAGUCAUACUUGUACGGUAUUUUUGUCAACGAAUCGAACGGAAGGUAACGUUUGUUGGCGAACUACAAACACGUACAUACAUACAUAAAUUCUACACUGAGAAGUCCCUUAAUCGGAGAUCCGAAUGAUAAAAAAUAAGAGAGAGUGGAUGUAUGAAGAAGUGGGACGCAUGUCAGUUAUGCAGGUUUAACACGAGAUAUUAGAUUACCUUUAGUUGAAGUAUUUGCUUGAAAGGCUUUGUUGGUGGAAAGGCCAUAUUUUCUCUAUUCAAAUGCAUUUACGAACGAUUGUGUAAGCAAGGACAUCGAGUUUUUACUUAGCACAGUUAAUGCAUUUUAUGUACUCAUUUCGUUGUUGCAAUUACGCCAUAAUACUGCUAAUUCGUCGGCAUUGCUUUUCAGAACCAACAUUGACGACUGUGUGCGAACAUAGAACUUAAAUUUUGGAUAACUUAAAAAAAUCUGCCCUUAUUUCUAUACCUAACAGGGCUGGUUUCUUGAAGCGAGCGACUGGAUUUUUCACUUUGGCUUGUUUCUCCGUCUGUUCUCUUUCGAUUUUUACACCUUUAGUCAUACUUUUAGUUUAUAUUACUAGUUUGUUAGUCUUCGUUCAUUUAAAUUACAAAAAAACAGUUGUGCAUGAAAAUAUGGUGGUUAUGGGAGGGAGUGUUUUCACCUUUGUUUCUUACUUAGUCGAUUGUGAAUCUUCUAAUGCUUUGAUUGCACACACCAGUAUAUGCGCUAUAUAUAUAUGUGUUUGUGCAGUUGACAUGUCUAAGGUCAUGACAGUUAACGGCUAGAAGUUUUGCUGUUAGCUCCGCUUGCUGCUUCUCUCCUCUGUAAGAAUUUUUCUGCAUUUGCUGUUGUUUUUGUUUGUUUCGAAAAUUAACUGAAUUAACAGUUGCUCUGAUUCAUCGUAAACACCAGCAAAACUACUACAUCAGUAUGGCAACGUCACCAGUAGUGCUAAAAAGUAAAGCAAAGCUAGCAAGAAGAGAUUUUCUCUUUUGUACCUUUUUAUAACUGUGUGUCGAUUAAUAACCAGACUAAUAUUUUAACAAAAUAUUUAUUUGGCCAUGUUUAUCUUCGACGCCCCAAUUUCUCUCACAUGUACUUGUAUAUUGGUAAGCCGAUAUUCCGCUCACUUGUGUUGGUUUAUUCGCUCGAUCAUAAUUGCUAACGCAUACAUCGUUGUUCGCAGGUCGGCGUUCGGUGGCUUGACAUCUCAAUUUGCUGCUGGUUGGUUCCAAGUGAGGUUAUCACUACGAGUCUUAACGGAGAAAAAGUUAGUUCAUUCAAAAUUUACUACAAUUAAUAUGCAUUUUGUUAUUUAUUUCAUUGGAAUUACAUUGUUGAAUGCUGAAUUGUUCUCCGCCAAAUUGAGUCCAAUACAGAGCGGCGCAAAUCUGACCGAGUUUAUGAACUUGCGUCGUCAAAAGCGCACCUUAAUUUUCGAAGGAAGCGGGUUAGUCAAGAUAGACGCUGGAGCAAUAGCUUCUAUAAACUUGGAUGACCCUAUCGAUUGGCGUUCGAUAGUCUCUAUAAAUAAUAUUCAAGGAGGCCACUACCCUUUACCAACGGCGCCCACCUAUCCAUGGGAUAAGUGGGAGGAAACUUUUGCACGUUCCAUGAAACACUUACAAGAACAGAUUGAGUUAGAGACAGAUGAUUCUCGAUUAUUUAUCUACACUUUAUUGGAAGUCUUGAUGGAGCGACAGCAUGGUAAUGGACAUCGAUGCUUGCUGCGUUCCAUUUGCCAAAAUGCACAAGUAGACGAACAUGUUGGAAUGUUUUCGGAGAUAAUGGAUGUGGUUUUAAGCCCUGGAAAGGAAAGCAUCGCUGUUGCUUAUACGGAUGCCUUUGUGGCUGGGAAAGCGGACGCCGACUGCAUGCGUUUAUACUCCGAAUGCCGAGUGCCCUCGAAUUUUUUGGAUCAGUACUUGGACUACGUUUAAAAAAGAUCGCAUGCAAUAAGGAUUAAUUUUAUUGAAAUUUUUGUAAUUGUCUUAAAUAAAAAUAUUUAAUAAAUGAGACAGAAAUAGA